CCCGAGUCAAACCGGUAACUGGACCGACUGUGAGUCGAUGAGGCGGAAACGGCCGCGGGUGAACUAGGACGAAAGCCACUGAAAUAAAAGGCACAUUUUCGACUCACUAAGGGAAAUCAAGCUAUUAACUUCGUAUCUGAUUGUUUGUCUUUAAAUGUUAGACGCCGUCACUUUAGAACAGACAUUAAUGGUUCGAAGCUGCUGACAAACUCUUCCGCGGUGGCUGUUACAAAUAUUUUCCUUUGAGUCUUUGGCGAGGUCUUGGCUUGUCAGCGGAGAACUAUUAUAUAUCUCCGAUAUACGGUAGUAGACUGCCGUUUGGCAGACUGACACGGUACUGGCUGGGUGGACCUCCGACCAGAGCAGAACCUCAGAGCCGAGCGGCCCACAGUGGGAGCCGGGGAGCGAGGAUAUUCAGCGGCUUGGAACAAACCUUCAGCCGGUAUUUUAUCUCCUGGAGCCGGCUAGAAUCCGGACUUAGACCUCAUGAAUGGAAAUCGGAACUACAGGAGCCGUUGGGGCUGCACCCCUGUUCUCUGUACCUCGGAGGCCAGGCUAUGGCACCAUGGGGAAGCCCAUCAAGCUGCUGGCCAACUGUUUCCAGGUGGACAUCCCCAAGAUGGACGUCUACCUGUACGAGGUGGACAUUAUGCCAGAAAAGUGCCCACGACGUGUUAACAGGGAGGUGGUGGAUUCAAUGGUGCAGCAUUUUAAGGUGACAAUCUUUGGGGACAGAAGACCAGUCUAUGAUGGCAAGAGAAGCCUGUACACUGCCCAACCGUUACCAGUGGCCUCAGGGGGGGUGGACCUAGAUGUGACCUUGCCAGGUGAAGGUGGAAAGGACAGGCUAUUUAAAGUCACUAUUAAAUUUGUGUCACUGGUCAGCUGGCACCUGCUGCAUGAGGUUCUCACUGGGCGGAGCACAUUGGAUCCGCUGGAGCUGGAUAAGCCAAUCAGCACCAAUCCUGUACAUGCUGUGGAUGUUGUGCUCCGCCAUCUGCCCUCUAUGAGGUACACUCCAGUGGGGCGGUCUUUUUUCUCCUCCCCUGAGGGCUAUGAUCACCCAUUGGGUGGGGGGAGAGAGGUGUGGUUUGGGUUCCACCAAUCAGUGCGACCAGCUAUGUGGAAGAUGAUGUUGAACAUUGAUGUGUCUGCAACUGCAUUCUACAAAGCUCAACCUGUGAUUCAGUUCAUGUGUGAGGUUCUUGAUAUCCACAACAUUGAUGAGCAGCCUCGUCCACUUACUGAUUCCCAUAGAGUCAAAUUCACCAAAGAGAUCAAAGGUCUAAAGGUGGAGGUCACCCACUGUGGCACCAUGAGGAGGAAGUACAGGGUGUGUAAUGUUACUCGCCGGCCAGCCAGCCACCAGACGUUUCCUCUCCAGCUGGAAAAUGGACAGACGGUGGAGAGAACAGUGGCUCAAUACUUUAGAGAAAAGUACAGCUUACAGCUCAAGUACCCCCAUCUGCCCUGCCUGCAAGUGGGACAGGAGCAAAAACAUACUUACCUGCCUUUGGAGGUGUGCAACGUUGUAGCAGGCCAGCGCUGCAUAAAAAAAUUAACAGACAACCAAACCUCCACCAUGAUCAAAGCCACGGCCCGCUCGGCACCAGACAGACAGGAGGAGAUCAGUAGACUGGUGCGCAGUGCCAACUAUAACACAGACCCCUUCGUGCAGGAGUUCCAGUUCCGUGUUCGGGAUGAGAUGGCGGAGGUGACGGGUCGUGUCCUGCCCGCCCCCAUGCUGCAAUACGGCGGCAGGGUGAGCUCUGAACACUUUAUGAAUCGAACAGUAGCAACCCCAAGUCAUGGAGUGUGGGACAUGCGAGGGAAGCAGUUUCACACCGGAGUGGAGAUCAAGAUGUGGGCCAUCGCUUGUUUCGCCACUCAGAGACAAUGCAAAGAGGAAGUUCUCAAGGGAUUUACAGACCAACUGCGUAAGAUCUCUAAAGAUGCAGGAAUGCCCAUACAGGGCCAGCCAUGUUUCUGCAAAUACGCUCAGGGAGCAGACAAUGUGGAGCCCAUGUUCCGGCACCUGAAGAACACCUACGCGGGCCUCCAACUCAUCAUCGUCAUACUACCUGGAAAAACUCCUGUCUAUGCUGAAGUGAAGCGUGUUGGAGACACUCUACUGGGAAUGGCCACCCAGUGCGUGCAGGUGAAGAAUGUGGUGAAGACAUCCCCUCAGACCCUCUCCAACCUCUGCCUCAAGAUUAAUGUAAAAUUGGGUGGUAUCAACAACAUAUUGGUGCCACAUCAGCGCCCAUCAGUUUUCCAGCAGCCUGUCAUCUUUCUGGGAGCUGAUGUCACUCAUCCACCUGCAGGGGACGGCAAGAAACCCUCCAUUGCAGCUGUGGUUGGCAGUAUGGAUGCUCACCCCAGCAGGUACUGUGCUACAGUCCGAGUGCAGAGACCCAGACAGGAAGUCAUACAGGAUCUGGCAUCCAUGGUGCGAGAGCUACUCAUCCAGUUUUACAAAUCCACCCACUACAAACCCACCCGAAUCAUCUUCUACAGGGACGGAGUGUCUGAGGGGCAGUUUAGACAGGUGCUGUACUAUGAGUUGUUGGCCAUUCGUGAAGCCUGUAUUAGUCUUGAGAAGGAAUACCAGCCGGGCAUCACCUACAUUGUCGUACAGAAACGCCACCAUACACGGCUAUUUUGUGCAGACCACACUGAGAGAGUGGGCCGUAGUGGUAACAUUCCAGCAGGUACCACAGUGGACACUGACAUCACCCACCCUUAUGAAUUUGACUUUUAUCUUUGCAGUCAUGCUGGAAUACAGGGUACAAGCCGACCUUCACACUACCAUGUGCUAUGGGAUGACAACUGUUUCACAGCCGAUGAGUUCCAGCUAUUGACCUACCAGCUGUGCCACACAUACGUUCGCUGUACCCGCUCCGUCUCUAUCCCUGCGCCAGCCUACUACGCCCACCUAGUGGCCUUUAGAGCCCGUUACCAUUUAGUGGACAAAGAGCACGACAGUGCGGAGGGCAGCCACGUGUCAGCCCAGAGUAAUGGGCGAGACCCCCAGUCCUUGGCCAAAGCUGUGCAGAUCCACCACGACACUCUGCGGACCAUGUACUUUGCUUAACCCCGCCUCCUCAUACCUGUCAGUCACCUGUCAUAAUGCACUUAACUGACGAGGGCUUCUCUCAACCACAGGCUGCUAAAGAUAACCAAAUUUAACCGAAUUUACUGGAGGAAAUAGCACUGUUAUGCAAUAGAAAAACAGCCAAUCUUUCCACUGCUGCUUUUGCUUACUGAUUUACUGUUGAAUUGUUUUAAUAAUGCAGAUUUAGCAGCUAUACCAUUAUUUAUUAGAUUUGUAGAUCAACUGUUAAUUUAGCUUUUUAGGUCACAAAACCAAGUGUAAAGGUUUGCUGGAUCAACUCAUACUGGAUCAGCAAAUGAGGCAGUGUUAUUUGUUUAGGACAGUGGCAAUCACGUAGAUUCCUCCUCAAGCAGAGUUUAGUUUCAACCUUGAUUACAAAUGAACCAAGUCAUCAAGAUCUCACGUUUUCAAUUGAAAAUUGCAUGUAGAUGUGGCAAUGUGGUUCAGAGCAGAGUUUAAACUAAUAUUUGUAGGAAGGUAGAGCCUCUGGUUUAGGAUUUGUUUUAGGUCUGGAGAUGAUUGCUGUUGGAGGAAUGCCACUAGAGGGCAGUGCAAAGUUUUGCUAUUAUGAGUUGAUGUCUUGGGUUUUCAACUGUUGCUCUAUGUGCUUUAAAAUAUUUCUUCCUGGAAUGUUAUACCAUUUUGUUCCAGCUGGUCGGAAUCCACAUCUGCGGGAUUCAGAAAUCAUCUUGGGUUACUUUUUCUUUUUAGCAAAGGAUUCUUAUUAAGGCUCAACUUUUAUUCCGAUUUCAGAUUUUUUUCAAAUGAUUAUACUCUGUGUACCUCUGUGAUACAUUAACUUUCUGGUUCACGCACUGCUGGGAAAAUGCUUUGCCCAUCAUUUAACUUUUUUCCAAGCUGUACCUCUUGGAUUUCUCCUUGGCUCACUCAUUAAGCAGGGGUGUUGAUUAGCUAAGGGCUGGUAUCACUGAAAGGGAUACUACGAACUUGAGUGAGACUCAAGGUUUGGCAAAAAGUUUCCAUGUAGUCAACAUAUUUAUGUAUGUGCCUGUUGCCUCAUUCUUCUGGUGUGCACAUAUAGCGCAAGCUUUUGAGUCUGUCGGAGCAUGACCACAACAUACUUCAUGGUUAUGCGUUCAAAUAUAAUUCCACCCAAGGCUACUCUGAUGCCUACGUUAUCCUUUAAUAUUUACUUUACAGCUGUUGGACAUUUCAUAUUUGGCGUACAUUUACUCUGUUCUUUGAGGUUAUUUAUGAGUUUGCUUUUAACAUUGUCAAUAGUGCAUCUGUAAAUUAUCUAUUUAACUUAUCAGUUUUUCUAUUUUUUAUUUCUCGUUUUAGCCCUGUGAAUUGACAAACGCUGUCCCCGAAGCCUUUUAGUGCAAUAAGCCAAUUAUUGAAGGCUGUUUUAGACUUUCAUUGUACAAUGCAAACCAUACCUUUAGUGAAUGCUUUCAUUUUAAACGGUCUUUGUUUUGUGUGGCAUUUUGUAAGACACGCCAUGGGUGUGGAUUGGAAGGUUUUAUUUAAAUGGAUUGGCUAGCCAAUUGGUGUGUUUAAAGGCUGUUGUGAGGGCUGAGAUGGUAGGUUACAUAGUUAGGUUGAGUUUACAGAAGAGAUGGUAAAUCUCUGUCUUAUGAGGAAGACGUGACUUGCUAUCAAGAGAUUUAAGACAAGCUAUCCGUAUAAAGUCAAUUGAGACAAAGUGCCUGUUUUAUAGGAAAUAUCCCUCAAAUUAAAUUCUGUUGAGGUACAUUAUAAAUAUAUAUUUGAGGUAACUUCAUGUUGUGUACAAUAUUUAGCUAUUAAAAGAUAUUUAUAAGAUAUUUAGCUAUUAAAACUGUUAAGGUUUUUAUUCAGCUAUUUGAAUUAACUAAUGUAGAACUAACGGAACUUAUUCCUGGGCCAUUUUUCCUCCUCUUACUUUAGAACAAACCUUUCGAAUGAAUGUUCUUUUGAAUAAACUUUUUUUCUUUUUUCUGUAUCACCAUUUCUUUCCAAAUUUUUUUGAAGGUUCCUUCUGUCAAACUAAUGCAUUUUUUUCAAAACUGACCUAAAAAAAAUCACAUUUUUACUUCUAUCAAUCUUUCUUUUUAGCUUUUCUUUCACAGCCCCUGUGUAUUCAGCUGCAUUCCACACAGACCAAACCAACGUGCCUCAGAAAACAAGGGUAGCAAGGAGUAAAGGCAUCUGGAUUGUAGUAGGGUGGGUGGAGGUUUAUAUUUAUUAACUCUGUGACCUCUGGCACCCUUUCACAUCGCCCUUACUGUAAAUGGCACUGUGGUCUUUCUGCCCUAUAGCCACAAAUAGGUGUUGACCAGUGUAGCUGCUAUUGUGCAUACCACUUAAACACCUUCUUUUCUAAUUGGAGAGAAACGAAGAGAGAUUCUGUGAGAAAUGACUGACAAAUAUAUUGCUGCACUUAACUGAUUUAUACAAAGCUGUACUGUCUCAGAUUGAGUGAAAUGCCCAAGGUGCUAAGUGAUGUGGUGCUGUAAUUUGGGGGUUCUUCACCACAAUAAUCUCUAUAUUUUGUGCAUUUCCUGCUAAACCUUGUCAAAUGUUGGAUUUUGUUUUUCUCCCUUUUUUUAGGUCAUUCAGUUAGCUCGCUAAUUUUUUUAAAUUCACUUUAAUUUUCAAAAAUGUUUUGAACAUUUUGGAAGCAUCUAAAGGAACUGUUUUAUUUCAGCAAAUUUACAAAUAUUACUUAAGGGACAGACCUCCCCAAAAUUACAAUUGUUGUCAUUUAGUCACCCAAGUGUUGUUCGAAACCCAUAUUACUGUCUUCCAUGGAGCACAAAAGAAGAUGCUUAAUAUUAAGGUCUGAAAGUUCCCAUUCAAUUUCAUUAUAUAGAAAAAAGAGCAACUUUCUCUUGUGUGCCACAGAAGAAGAAAAAAUCAUGCAGGUUUCGAACAACACUAGGGUGACUAAAUGACAAAAAAAAAAUCCUUUUUGGUUGAACUAACCCUUAAGUCUUAGAUUCAAACAUUUAGAAGUUUUUAAUUGAAAUAUUUGAAUUAAUAGCAGAUAAAUUGAAACACGGAAAAAUCCUUGCGCUAAUGUCGAAUAUCUUUAAGUCAGUCUUUAAAAACUGUUACUUCUCUGCCACAACCAGCAUUUGAAUUCACUUAAAUUAAGUGUUAAUUAGAACCUGCACCCAUGCAUGUUAAGCUGUAGGUGAUGUGUGCUUCAAUCUUUCAGUGACUGCUUAUACAGCCUUCUGAAGUUGCCACGGAAUAAAUUGCUAUAAAGGCCUGUAGGUGGAGCAUUGCAUGUUGGGGUUGGUCUAACCUGGCCAUUGGUGUGGCUUAAUCAUCACCUCCCUUAAACUGUGACAUGACACACUCCACCCCUGGCUUAAAGCUGGACCGCGGAUACCUUCACUUAUCGCAUUUUUAAUUCAGAGCAGAAGUAUAUUUGUAUAUUUUUAAAUAACGGAACCGCAUAAUGCUCAUCAGUUAUUUUUGCUAACAAUGUCAAUGAGAGAUUAAGCAAAAGACGGCAAUAGUGAUACUAAUCAUGAUACGGACUAAUAUAAAUUAGGCUAAUAUGCAAUAGACUAUUGACUAGAUUUGUCUUGUCUUGUUUUUCAAAAGGAAGUUGUUUGAGAGUGUCUCUGCAUUGUCCCAUGGUAUUAAAAAAAAAAAAAAAGGUCUACAAAGACAUGAACCUUCAGUCAUUUGAUUCUAGUUCUUUAUUUCUUUUAAUUUAAACAUGUAGGUACCACCUCAGACAUUUCCAUUUAAGUGAAAGGGAUAGUUCACUUUUCUUUUUUUUUUUUUAGGUGAACUAUGAUUAUCACUUUAUGGUGACUGAGACUGUCAGUCUCUAUCCAGCUAAUGUCUCUUUUGUUGUGUUCCACGGAAUAUAAAAAAGUCAUACAGGUUUGGAAAAACAUGAGAUUGAGUAAAUGAUGAAAGAAUUUUCACUUUUAGGUGAGGGAUUCACACAUAAGCACAUUUGAAAAUGUCUGUAGGUUACUAACCCCUUUGAACUUAUCAUUGUAUUGGUGUCUGAACUAAAGUGAUGAAAGUUUAUGCUGCCCAACUGUUUUAUUCAAGCCUGGGGUAUUUGCUGCUUGUCUUUAUUGCUUUGACUUUAAGGUGAAGGUUCAUCUUUAGGGCA